AUGUUCAGGAGAUCAUUAACAAUGUUUAAAAAUGCUCAAAAGACAGCACCAUAUGCAAAUAUGUUGAAAGACCCUUCAACUAAAUAUAAAUCAUUCCCUCCAGUAAAUUUACCAAAUAGACAAUGGCCAAAUAAGACUAUAACAAAAGCUCCAAGAUGGUUAACAACUGAUUUAAGAGAUGGUAAUCAAUCAUUACCAGAUCCAAUGAAUGUUGAACAAAAAAAAGAAUAUUUCCAUAAAUUAGUUGAAUUAGGUUUUAAAGAAAUUGAAGUUUCUUUCCCUUCAGCUUCUCAACCAGAUUUUGAUUUUACAAGAUAUGCAGUUGAAAAUGCACCAGAUGAUGUUAGUAUUCAAGUCUUGGUUCAAUCAAGAGAACAUUUAAUUAGAAGAACCGUGGAAUCUGUUACUGGUGCUAAAAAAGCUACUAUUCAUGUUUAUUUAGCAACUUCAGAUUUAUUUAGAGAUGUUGUUUUCAAUAUGUCUAAAGAAGAAGCUAUUGAAAAAGCUGUUUGGGCUACAAAAUUAGUUCGUUCUUUAACAAAAGAUGAUCCAAAUCAACAAGCUACUGAAUGGAGUUAUCAAUUUUCUCCAGAAACUUUUAGUGAUACAACACCUGAAUUUGCUGUGGAAAUUUGUGAAGCUGUUAAAUCAGUUUGGGAACCAACAGUGGAAAAUCCAAUAAUUUUUAAUUUACCAGCUACCGUGGAAGUUGCUACACCAAAUGUUUAUGCUGAUCAAAUUGAAUAUUUCGCUACACAUAUUUCAGAACGUGAAAAAGUUUCCAUUUCAACUCAUUGUCAUAAUGAUCGUGGUUGUGGUGUUGCCGCUUCAGAAUUAGGUAUGCUUGCUGGUGCUGAUCGUGUUGAAGGUUGUUUGUUUGGUAAUGGUGAAAGAACUGGUAAUGUUGAUUUAGUUACCGUUGCAUUAAAUUUAUAUACUCAAGGUGUUUCACCAGAAUUAGAUUUCUCAGAUUUACAAAGUGUUAUUGAAAUUGUGGAAAAAUGUAACAAGAUUAAAGUUGCUGAUCGUGCUCCAUAUGGUGGUGAUUUAGUUGUUUGUGCUUUUAGUGGUUCUCAUCAAGAUGCUAUUAAGAAAGGUUUUGAAGCUCAAACUAAGAGACAAGCUAAAGGUGAUAACUAUUGGAGAAUCCCAUACUUACCAUUAGAUCCAAAAGAUAUUGGUAGAGAUUAUGAAGCUGUUAUUAGAGUUAAUUCACAAUCAGGUAAAGGUGGUGCUGCUUGGGUUGUUUUAAGAUCAUUAGGUCUUGAUUUACCAAGAGCUUUACAAAUUUCAUUCUCUACUCAAGUUCAAAAAUUAUCUGAAGCUCAAGGUCGUGAAUUAAAAUCUGAUGAAAUUAUUUCAUUAUUUAAAUCUCAAUAUAAUUUCCAUAAUGAAGGUUCAAUUAAAUUAUUAGAUUAUGAUAUUGUUCGUGAUCCAGAAAAUAAAGAUAAUAGAUUAUUCAUUGGUGAAAUUUCAGUUAAUGGAUCAACUGUUGGUAUUAAAGGUGUUGGUAAUGGUCCAAUUUCUUCAUUUGUUGAUGCAAUUUCCGAAUAUGUUAAUGUUAGAUUUGAAGUUGUUAAUUAUAGUGAACAUUCUCUUGGUUCAGGUUCAAAUACUCAAGCUGCCACAUUUAUUCAAUUAGGUUAUUUGGAUGAAAACAAUUCAAAGACUAAUAAAUGGGGUGUUGGUGUUAAUGAAGAUGUUUCUACUGCUGCUUUCACUUCAGUCUUGAGUACAAUUAAUUCAUUAAUUACUAAAGGUGAAAUUGAAUUGAAUUCAAAAUAG